AUGGAUCUCAACAUACUCGAGCGUGUAGUAGCUGGAAGCGAGGAACCAAGCCAUCUAGAUUUGUCACUUCUACAGAGCAUCACAGAAAAUUUCUCUAAGCAGAGAAAAAUUGGUGUUGGUGGAUGUGGAGAGGUUUACAAGGUACUUAGAAGAUGGAGGCACAGGUGGAUUAAAUCAUCAAAGCAUACACCCUUGGGUUAUCAACAAGUGACAAAAUGCCUCGAGCUGGCCCAAAGAUGCAUCCAAAUUAACCCGACAGCCAGACCUGACAUAGUAUACGUAAUGGAUGAGCUCAACACAAUAGAUAGUAAGGGUGGCCAAUUCCAGGAAAUCCCUUGCCUGGAGGACAUGCUUGGGAUUGAGCCGCUGGAAAUACACUUCCCCUUUAAACUUGACCCGCAGAUAUCACACUCAAUUGAGCUGACCAACGAUACGAAUGAUUACAUUGCCUUCAUAACAAAGGCAAGGUCACGCUGCUUCCGCAUAGAGCCAGACAAGGGCAUUGUCCCACCAGGAUCCAAGUGUAGUGUCACCGUAACAACGCAAGCACAGGUCAAUGCACUGCCAAAUAAUCACCACAAGGAGGAGAUCACCGUGCUGAGCACCAGAGUAGAUGGAGGUCUUGCUGCUAUGGAUAUAACUGGAGACGUGUUCAUUGAGAAGGAGGGUACUGUGGUUGAUGAGGUGAAUGUGAUGGUUGUUUUUGACAAACCACCACCGGUUGAUGAGGAAUCCUGA